AUGACCCCCACCUUCCAACCACUAGGACUACUCUCCUCCUCCCCCACCCUGACCCCCACCUUCCAGCCACUAGGACUACUCUCCCCCUCCCCCACCCUGACCCCCACCUUCCAACCACUAGGACUACUCUCCCCCACCAUGACCCCCACCUUCCAACCACUAGGACUACUCUCCCCCUCCCCCACCCUGACCCCCACCUUCCAACCACUAGGACUACUCUCCCCCACCCUGACCCCCACCUUCCAACCACUAGGACUACUCUCCCCCUCCCCCACCCUGACCCCCACCUUCCAGCCACUAGGACUACUCUCCCCCUCCCCCUCCCCCACCCUGACCCCCACCUUCCAGCCACUAGGACUACUCUCCCCCUCCCCCACCCUGACCCCCACCUUCCAGACUACUCUCCCCCACCCUGACCCCCACCUUCCAGCCACUAGGACUACUCUCCCCCACCCUGACCCCCAUCUUCCAGCCACUAGGACUACUCGCCCCCACCCUGACCCCCACCUUCCAGCCACUAGGACUACUCUCCCUCCAUCUUUCCCAGUCUUCCACACUCGUCAUGCUGAGCAAAGUGCAGAGCGACCACGAUUGGUUACUGUGGUCCGACCGUGCGGUCACAGCGCCCUCAGAAAGGUGACGGUGCUGUUAAACCGUAGGGGCGUGGUCUCGUACGAACAGCUUCUAUUGGACGUCUCCGAGGCGCUGGGCUUCCCUCGCUGGCACAGGGCCAGAGUCACACGCCUUUACACGCCACAUGCACGAGAGGUGCGGGGGGUGUGUGAUUUUUUCCGUGGCGAAGCGGCGUUCCUGGCAUUGGGAAAGUCUCGUCCUGAGCUCCGGAGCGUCAAGGAGGCCUUGGAGGAGCUGUUCCCGCAACAUUCCCAUUACUGCAACGAUGCGCUCGGGGCCUGGGAGAGGAGGUUACGCCCUCCACCUGAUGAAGCUGCCAAGGCCGACAGCGGAUACAGCGAAGGGACGGACACACACUCACACCCCGACACGGACACGCCGACAAACAGCGAUACACUUACACAAGGACGCAACUUGGACAGACACACACAUCGCAAAGCAGACACACACAGGCUUAAACACCCAAACACACUGACACACCCCAAUACACACCCAAAUACACUGACACACCUCAAUACACACCCAAACAGGCACCCCACACACAACAACCCAACCAGACAGUCCAUACACCCUACUCACACACACCUGGACACGGAUGCACACACACAUACACACCCUAACACACAUUCUAAACGAAACUCCACACACCCCUCUCACCCCCCCAAUCAUCUUCAGAGGGUCAGAGUGAAAAGCGGAACUAGAGAGAGACUAUCGUCACCGAUAGGUCCACUUACUCAGGAAGAGGAGAUAGACACACACCCUCCCCCACGCAGCAGGAACUGUAAGCUCUCUGAUCGACCCAAUCAGAGAGCAGGGAUGGCUCCACUUCCUCCCGUAACCAGGAAGAAAACAGGAAACAGAACAAAUGACCAGGAAGUAGAGAAACCUCACGUCGGUCCUGCCCGAUGCCACACUGGAUCAAUCUGUAGGAUUGAGGAGGAGUCCCUCAGCCAAUCAGAACAUUGCUCCUCAGAUUCUAAACAGGAAGAGGCGGGGACUAAACAGGAAAUUAUCUUUGACCUCCCGUCUGACAAUAAUGAUGUCACUCUGUCGGAUAUUGAGCGUUGCUAUGACAUCGGCCGCACUGUCGGAGAAGGAAACUUUGCUGUUGUGCGCGAGUGUCGUCGGCGCGACAACGGGGAAGCCUUCGCCGUAAAGAUUGUGGAGCGCUCAAAGCUGAUUGGCCGAGAGCACAUGAUGCAGAACGAGCUGAGCAUUCUGGGUAGUCUGUCACAUCCCCGCGUGGUGCCCCUCUUCACACACCACCACACACACACACAUUCCUAUCUUGUCAUGGAGAUGGUUACCGGGGGCGACCUGUUCGAGGCGAUUGCGGAGCGUGGGAAGUUUCCGGAAGAGGAGGUGGGGCAGAUGGUGUGUGAUGUCAGUGAAGCUCUGAGAUACAUUCACAGCAAGACUAUAGUACACAGAGACCUGAAACCUGAAAACCUACUGGUGGAGUACAGUAAUGAUAGGGUCAGUAGGUUGAAGUUGGGUGAUUUUGGUCUAGCCAUGGUUGUAACAGAACCCAUCUUCACGGUGUGUGGAACACCCACCUAUGUCGCCCCGGAGAUCCUCUCAGAGACAGGGUAUGGUCUGCCGGUAGACCUGUGGGCGUUGGGGGUGAUAGUCUACAUCCUGCUCUGUGGGUUCCCUCCGUUCCGGAGAAGAGACAGAGACCAAGAGGAGCUAUUCCAGAUGAUCAGAGAGGGACACCUCACCUUCCUGGCCCCUUACUGGGAUCACAUAUCUGACGCAGCACAAGGUCUGGUGAAAGCCUUGCUACAGGUGAAUCCAACAGAGAGACUGACAGCAGUGCAGACUCUGAAGCAUCCCUGGAUUCAGACCACUACAGACCAGUACAAACCAGUACAGACCAGUACAGACCAGUACAGACCAGUACAAACCAGUACAAACCGGUACAGACCAGUACAGACCAGUACAAACCGGUACAGACCAGUACAAACCAGUACAGACCAGUACAAACCAGUACAGACCAGUACAAACCAGUACAGACCAGUACAAACCAGUACAGAAUAGUACAAACCAGUACAAACCGGUACAGACCACUACAGACAACUACCGACCAGCACAGACCAGCACAGCUCAGAACAGACCAGUACCGACCAGCCCAGAGCCCAUCCCCUACAGACCAGUUCCGACCAGCCCAGAGUCCAUCCCCUACAGACCAGUUCCGAACAGCCCAGAGUCCAUCCCCUACAGACCAGUUCCGACCAGCAUAAACCAGUAAAGAGCAGCACAGAUCACUACAGACCAUCAGAGAGCAUCAAAAUCAUCAACCCAACUCAACUCAUCGACAGCCCCAAUCAACCAGUCGUCUGCUCCAAGAAGAGCACCUCUCAAUCCCCACAUCCAAUCCCCUUAGCCCAACACCCAUCCAGCCAGACCACUGUUCUCACGCCACCACCCAACGGGGCCAAUCAACUCCUCCCCAGCCCCCGCAGCAGCAGCACAUGUCAACCACCCCACCCAAUCUCGCCACCCUCCGUCCUAUCCACAGCACCACCCCAUCCCAGGCAGGACCACUCAAUCUCUCCUUCCACUUUCACCCGCAUCCCUCCAAACACCCACCCUGUCUCAGUCCAUCAAACACCCACCCUGUCUCAGCCCGCCAAACACCCACCCUGUCUCAGCCCACCAAACACCCACCCUGUCUCAGCUCACCAAACAACCACCCUGUCUCAGCCCACCAAACACCCACCCUGUCUCAGCCCACCAAACACCCACCCUGUCUCAGCCCACCAAACACCCACCCUGUCUCAGCCCGCCAAACACCCACCCUGUCUCAGUCCACCAAACACCAUGUCUCAGCCCGCCAAACACCCACCCUGUCUCAGUCCACCAAACACCAUGUCUCAGCCCACCAAACACCCACCAUGUCUCAGCCCACCAAACACCCUGUCUCAGCCCACCAAACACCCACCCUGUCUCAGCCCGCCAAACACCCACCCUGUCUCAGCCCGCCAAACACCAUGUCUCAGCCCACCAAACACCCACCCUGUCUCAGCCCACCAAACACCAUGUCUCAGCCCACCAAACACCCACCCUGUCUCAGCCCACCAAACAGCCACCCUGUCUCAGCCCAUCAAACACCAUGUCUCAGCCCACCAAACACCCACCCUGUCUCAGCCCGCCAAACACCCACCAUGUCUCAGCCCACCAAACACCAUGUCUCAGCCCACCAAACACCCACCCUGUCUCAGCCCACCAAACAGCCACCCUGUCUCAGCCCACCAAACACCAUGUCUCAGCCCACCAAACACCCACCCUGUCUCAGUCCACCAAACAGCGUGUCCCAGUCCACCAAACACCAGCAGCACCCCACCCCUCCAGCAGUGUACCACCCCCCAGUAGCAGCACCCCUCCAAAUCUCCCCACUUCUCUCAACCCAGCCUCCUGAUUGAUGGGGUUCCUAAGACUUUAAACACCUCUCCCCCAGGACUUGUAAAGAUCUGAUAUUCUGUACAGAGAGCCCCCCCAUUGUCAUACACUGAUAUUCUGUACAGAGAGCCCCCCCAUUGUCAUACACUGAUAUUCUGUACAAAGAGCCCCCCCAUUGUCAUACACUGAUAUUCUGUACAGAGAGCCCCCCAUUGUCAUACACUGAUAUUCUGUACAGAGAGCCCCCCCAUUGUCAUACACUGAUAUUCUGUACAGAGAGCCCCCCCAUUGUCAUACACUGAUAUUCUGUACAGAGAGCCCCCCAUUGUCAUACACUGAUAUUCUGUACAGAGAGCCCCCCAUUGUCAUACACUGAUAUUCUGUACAGAGAGCCCCCCCAUUGUCAUACACUGAUAUUCUGUACAGAGAGCCCCCCAUUGUCAUACACUGAUAUUCUGUACAGAGAGCCCCCCAUUGUCAUACACUGAUAUUCUGUACAGAGAGCCCCCCAUUGUCAUACACUGAUAUUCUGUACAGAGAGCCCCCCAUUGUCAUACACUGAUAUUCUGUACAGAGAGCCCCCCAUUGUCAUACACUGAUAUUCUGUUCCUCUUCAACUAUAUACGUAGAUGAUAGGUUGUAGUAUUUAGUUCAGUAGAUGAUCUAAUAUCUAACAUGACAGAUAACUUAAUACUUUCAAUAAAUGUUUUUUUUUCUGACACCGUGUAGUACACACACACUAGUAAUAAAUAACUAAACUUA